AACUCGUGUAACAACAGUGCAGUUUUCCAAAGAGGAUUGUGUUGGAACACAGCUCAGUUUUCUACAAGGGGUGGCAAUCUCAUGAGUGAACUGGCCAUAAAAGCUGAAGGCAGGUGUCUAGAGGAAGAUGAAGACAAACCAGGAGAGAGAGAGGAGAAGAAGCUUAAGAAAAAGAAGAGGAAAUUGAAAGGGGAAGACCAAAUAUUGGAAAUGAAAACUGAAGGUGAAGUUUCGAAGAAGGAAUCAAAAAAUAAUUUAAAGGAAGAUAAAGCUGAAGAAAGAAAUGAUGGGAAAAAAAAGAAAAAGAAGAAGAAAUCAAAAGAGGAUGAGGAAAUCUCUGAAACAGAAAUUGAAGGAGAAGGCUCAAAGACAGAGUUGAAAUGCAAUUUAGAGGAAAGCAAAGAGGAAGAAAUAGAAAAGAGAAAAUACAAGGAAAAGAAGAGGAAAUCAAAAGAGAAGGAAAAAGUCUCAGAUGAGGAGUCAAAAGACCAUAUAACUGAGAAAGAGAAAAGUAAAGAAAUGAAAGAGAGAAAAAGCAAGGAAAAGAAAAAGAAAGCUAACGGGGAGGAGAAAGUCUCCAAAGUAAGAGCUGAAAGCGAGGUCUUGAAUGCAGUGUUGAUAGGUAACUCAGAGGAAGAUAAAGGUGAAGAAAGAGAAGAGAGAAGACACAAGGAAAAGAAGAAAAAAUUAAAAGGAGAAGGGAAUAGCUCAGAAAUUAAAGCUGAAAGCAAAGUCUUAGAUUCAGUGUCAAAACACAUUAAAGAAGAUGAUGAAACUGAUGAAAAGGAAGAGGGAAACCAUGAGAGAAAGAAAAAGACAUCAAAAGGAGAAGAAGAAAUCUCAGAAACAAAAGUUGAUUGCAAAAUCUCAGUUGAAGAGUCAAAACACCUUUUAGACAGGGGUGAUAAAGCUGAAGAAAUGGAAGAAGGAAAAAACAAGAAAAAGAAGAAGUUGAAAUCAAAAGAGAAAGUGGGAAUUUCUGAGACAAAAUUUGCAAGUGAAGGCUCAAAAGCAGGGUCAAAAGGCAACAUAGAGGAGGAUAACACUGAAGAAAGAAAAAAACCCAAGCGAAAAAAGGAGAAAUUAGUGGCAGUAGAAAUGGAUCUCGAAAAGGAAGAAUCAAAACUAGAUACCAAUGAUGUGGAUAUUGAGAGAAAGUUGAAACGCGAUCGAAAGAAAAAGAAGAAAGAAAAUGAAGCUAAAGAAACUUCAGACAUGGAGGACAUGGAUGAGGAAUCUAGAAGCAAUACGAAAAAAAGGACAAUCAAUGAUGUUGAAGUUAAGGAGGGAAGACACAAGGCUAAGAAAAAGAAGGCAGAGAAGGAAGAAAGAGAACAAGACUGUAAAACUAAAGUGGAAGGAAAGGCCAAACAAAACCAUUCAGAUGAGGAAACUGUUGGACAAGAAUUAGAUUUAGAGGAAAAGAAAAAAAAAAAGAAAAAGGCCAAAUGUGAAGAAAACGAUGACCCUUCUGAAACUAACCAAGGAAAUGGAAAAGAAAUUGGAAAAUCAGAUGAAAAAUCUUCAUCACAGCUUGGCCAGUGGGGUAGGACUGAGUUUGGAAGUGAUGAACGGAGGGACAAAUUUCUCCGCUUGAUGGGUGCCUACAAGAAUAAACCCUCAACGGAGCCAUCUGGAACUACUCUAAGCUCAAAGUCUAGUCGCCAUUGCAUGACUAAAGUUACUGAAGAUUCCCUUACCAAGGGACUGGAACAGCAGUAUGAGUCUGCCAUGAAUUUCAGCAGGAAUCGGAGGGGACUGGGGCUUGGUUAUAACCCGGAUGAGGACCCAAGUAACAAAUUAUUCUAUAUUGACAAAACUGCUUCUAAAUCAGUCAAGUUAAAUUAGUAGGGCUUUGAAAAAGGUAAUUUCAGGGAUGGAUUUCUAUCAGCUAGGAAUAAAAUAUAAUUUUUGUAGUCAAGAGUGAUAUGCAAACUCUGUUUCAAAUAA